AAUCACUCUGCUCUGUACACGGUGUUAUAUUGUCCGCUAUAUUGUUCCAAUACUGUCAGUUAUAUAAACCGUGGAUGUUGUAUCAGAAAUUAAAUACAGUAACCGCUGAUCUACUGAAACCAUCGUAAAACGGUUUUAAAGAACAAUGGACGGUCAUGAUUUAAGAUAAUUAUGCUAGACAUAUUAAAUUUGGAUAAAUUCGUUUUGGUUAUUUCCUGUGCUCAGUGAACAACUGGAUAAUUAAAAGUCUAUGAUGAAUAACAGCUCGCGCGGGAGUGACGAAAUGACGUCCACAAUGUACAGAAAUUUGGAAGCCUACGCUUUGGCGUAUUGGUACAUGCAUCCAUAUAUCAGCCUGGUAAUUUGUACGUUCGGGAUUUCCACAAACAUCGUCAACAUCGUAAUCUUAUGCCAGAAGAAGAUGAUUAAUUCAAUAAACUGUAUUCUCACUGGGAUAGCAAUCUCUGAUAUUUUAACGAUGCUUGACUAUGUGCCGUAUGCAAUGCACUAUUACCUUCUGACGGAUCUAAACGACCGGCUUAAGAGAUACACGUACGGGUGGAGUCAUUAUUUAGCUGUCCAUUCCUGUUUGAGUAUAACAACUCAUACUGUAUCACUUUGGUUAGCCGUUCUCAUGUCGGCGAUAAGAUACUUUUUUAUCCGCUCAAGGGGACGCUGGAACAUGAGUGUAACACGUACCAGAGCUGCAAUCGUUGGUGUUUAUAUAGCUUCAAUCAUUGUGUCGGUUCCAAACUACGUUGUUACAGAUGUUAUACCAGUACCAGUACCUUCUCAUAACGCAACAAUCUACAGAAUAAAAAAUCUCCAGAUUUAUUUGAAAAACUCAACGACUAUGAACGCCAUAAAUGUUUGGCUAUUCAUCUUAGUUGGAAAAGUAUUGCCUUGUGUUUUAAUUUGUGUCUUCGGUUUCUUUUUGCUAAAAACAUUGCGUGAAAGUCAACAACUCAGCGAGUCAUUAAAGCUUACGGCUACAUCGAGAAGAAUGCGUGCGCAUAAAAGAACAACUGUUAUGCUUUUGGCCAUCAUUACAAUGUUUAUUAUAUCAGAGCUGCCAGCGGCUAUUCUUGUCCUAAUCUCAGUGUUUAAAGAGAAGUUCUUCAUGGAUUAUUACAUGUUGUUUGCCGAUACCCUUGACAUAUUGUCUCUGACAAAUAACGCGAUCAAUUUCAUAAUGUACUGCAUAAUGAGCAGACAAUUUAGAGACUGUCUAUGUGAAAACCUACCAGUUUGUUCCACAACUUACAGCAAAUAUCAUUCUGCAAAGACUUCGGAGGGUAUUGUCAAUACUAGAACGGUAAAUACGGCUAAUGUCGGCCAAAAAGAUAGAAGCCUUUGACUUUGAGAAUUGAAAUUGCUUUAAACAACAUAUUUGUACAAUUUAUACCUUGGCAUAACUAUUCUAAUUUUAAUGUGCAGCUAUCACAAGUUCUGUUUAUUUACAUAAUUAUAUUACCUUCAUAAGGAAAUGUAUUCAUAUCAUAAUCAGCUUUACUCAUGCUUACAAACUAUGUAUUAUAUGAACUUUGUUUGUUGGAUACAUAAAUCAUAUGUAAGUAAACAUUUGCACUCAUUUUGUAAGCUAUGUUCAAAACACUAUAAACUUACGCAAUGCCCUAUAUGUAGAUGUUUUAAUUCAUAAUUGUAUUAUCAUUAAAUAUCA